CGCCGCUUCCUGAAAGGCUGACAGUUGGCGUCGCUCCGCUCGGAACCGUCGACGAACCGUUUGGUGUUAAUAGUUUUCGGUGGCGGAGCCUCUCGGGGCAUGAGAGCGGACCGGACCGGCCGCACCGAGCGCGUGUGAUGGCGGCCGGCGACGGAGCCCAGCUGCCGGCCGCCGUGGCGGCCAGCCGCAGCGUGGACAAGGCGCUGGAGGAGGCGGCCGGCGGCGGGGCGCUGCACCUGGCCAACCGCAAGCUGCGGGAGUUCCCCCGGACCGCCAGCAACUACGACCUGUCCGACAUCACGCUGGCAGACCUGUCCAAGAACCGUCUGUGUGAGUUCCCAGAGGAACUGUGUCAGUUCAUCUCUCUGGAGACGCUCAGUCUCUACCACAACGGGAUGCGCUCGCUGUCCUCCAGCCUGGACAACCUACAGGCUCUGACCUACCUCAAUCUCAGUCGGAACCUUCUGUCCUCGUUGCCCCCCGUCCUUGUUCCAGUUGCCCCUCCCAGAGUGCUGGUGGUCUCCAACAACAAGCUGUCCUCACUGCCCACCUCUGUCUCCUCCCUGACUAACCUGAGACAGCUGGAUGUGAGCUGUAACGAGCUGCAGUGUCUUCCCGCUGAACUUGGACACUUGGAGUCUCAGGACCUGAACCUGAGGCGGAACCAGCUGACCGCCCUGCCCGAAGAAAUCUCAGAGCUUCCCCUGGUCCGGCUGGAUGUGGCGUGCAACCGCAUUUCCCGCCUCCCUCUGUGCUACCGCCACCUGCGCCACCUGCAGAGCAUCUCAUUGGACAACAACCCGCUGCAGAUGCCUCCUGCACAGAUCUGCUCCAAGGGCAGGUACCAUAUCUUCAAGUACCUCAACAUGGAGGCCUGCAGGCGGAGUCAGGAGGAGCUGGAGAGACACCUCAGGCCCACCGGCUUCAACAGCUGUCUGUCAGACCAGGAGCUGCUCGGGGGGCUGGACUCGGGUUUUAACAGUGUGGACAGCGGCAGCAAGAGAUGGUCCGGCAACGAGUCAGCAGACGACUUCUCGGAGCGCUCGCUGCGGUUAGCGGAGCUCAGCAGAGACCAGAGGAACCCCGAGGAGGAGGAGGGAGGCUCGCCUCGCACCGCCAACAGAGUGAACGGAGAGGCGGAGCAGGUGGACUUCAUCGACAGCAGCGUGAUUGAGGAGGAGGAUGAGCACAUAUCCAGCACAGCGCCCCCUGUGAAGGAUCUGCCUUCGUGUCAAACCCAGAGCGUCGUGUCGUGCAGGUCCGGCCUCCACAUGGACCUGAGCGUCCCGUUGUCGGCCUCGCUGUCCAGCCCCUCCCCGGAGGAGCGCAGAAGGCCCGGCACGCUGCUCAUCUGGCAGGAGAGAGAACGUCUGCAGCAGCAGCAGCAGAGGGAGAAGGCCAGUUUGGUGAAGUCAUCGACCAAAGCAGGAAGUCAUGUGACCAGCGCCGUGCUGUCGGGUGGUGAAGCGGCAGACGGCAGCGGUGGUCUCCGGCAGCGAUGUGCAAGCGCUGAGCCGCUGACCGCUGUGUCCCCGUCGACACUGCACCGCUCCACCAGCAGGACAGAUGCCACAUCCUCACCCAAAACAUCCCCUCCCCCCGGCCCCGCCCACAAACCCAACAGUUUCCUGUUCCGCACAUCGUCCCGCAGCAACGUCAAACCCACAGCGUCCAUGUUUAGUCUUGGAGAAUCUGGACGAAGUGAGUCUCGUAUGACGCUGCGCUCUCCAAAAGAGGAGCGACCGGAUGUUGCACAACUACGCAAGACUCUGGAGUCUCGUUUGAAGAUCAGCCUGCCAGAGGAUCUAGGCGAGGCCUUGUCCAACGGGAUCGUCCUCUGCCAGCUGGUCAACCACAUCCGCCCUCGCGCCGUGUCAAUCAUCCACGUUCCCUCCCCUGCAGUGCCAAAGCUGAGCUCAGCAAAGUGUCGCCUGAACGUGGAGAACUUUGUCGCUGCCUGCCGCCGGCUGGGUGUGGCCGAGACGGACGUGUGCGUCUGUUCUGACGUCUUUCUGUGCAAGCUGCCCGCUCUGCUGCGCUGCGUGACGGCUCUGCUGGCAGUGGAGGAUCCGCCCCCUCGCCACACUCCGUCCACGUCACUGCUGUCCACAGACUUCCUGCUGUUCUACUGCGUCGCCAUGGCGCUGCUCUAUGCACUCUACCGCUGUGUCCUCGGCUAGAGGACGCCGCGCCGACGCCUUACUGCUGAGUUUAGCCUUCACGCUCUGUCUGUCCUCGCCGCUGGCGCUGGAGGAAAAGUUCUCAGCCUAGCUUGACCGCGUACGUUUUUCACCCUGUGGACUGAACAAUCAUGGCGGUGUGAAGUCGCCCUUUAACAGUUUGUAAUUGGAGUCAAACAUUCAGAGGUCAAAGGUUAAAGGCUCAGAACGUCUCCUCCGGGCGUGGCUGAUCAAACUGUUUGUUGGCGGUACGUUUACUCAGCGUGGGAGCUGUGACAUCACAGACUGUUUAAAAUGUUACGUUUGAUUUUUGUUCAAAUUAAACUUGUAGCUGUUGUCCAGGCGGGGGCGCCGCAGCAGACUAUUUCCUGAACUGUGAAUGUUUUUGGUCACGUGACACACAGUUUGGCGCCUCUCGCUGUCUUUGCUGUUGUAGUUGUGAACAGCAGGGGGCAGAGUUGCUGCGCCCUUUAGCCUGCAGGUACCACGCCCCUCCCGCAGUCUCCUGCCUCCUGAUUGGUCGAUUUGACCAGCACAUCCUGCUUCCUGCUUGUAUAAAAUGUAAACAGGUAUUAAAUUAUUUUUAUUUAUUUAGGCUGUUUUGUUGCCUAGUAACAGAACGGAGGCUUUAACAUAAAUUAAUGGCUGCGUUUAAACAAACCGAUCACCAAUUUUUAUUUAUUUUUUUGAUCAGUUAGUUGCCACAUUUUGACAUAAGCUUAAAAAAACACCUAAAACUCGACCAAACAGAACCACUGAUGACCCAAAUACCUUGUUUCUUUUUAAAUGGACCCUCAGGCUCGAAGCUUUUUGUUUUGUGUAGACAGAAAAUGUUCUAAUUAGUUUUUUUAAUUAGCCUGCUGUUAAAUGACUUUUUUUAUACUGAUGAUUAAAUGUAUAGUUUAUAAGGCGAUGUUAGCUGAACACUUUAUAUUUAUAUAUUAUUACUCUUGUACUGAGAAAUAACUUGAGUUUAUACAAUUUUUUUUCUGCCCUUGUAAAGAAAUGAUUAAAAAAAUGAAUUUGAAGAUGUUUGUCUGCUUGCCUGUUGUGCUCUCUCACCCCAUCAGCCAAUCAGGAUAUCUGCAGGCAAAAAAA